CCUAUGAGUACUUCACAUGAAUCCAUAAUAAUUUUUCUUGAAAAAUAUUUACUAAAAUAAAUAAGAAAAAGAGGGACAUUACAACAGUUGAUUUGAAAAAAAAAAAAAAAAAAAAAAAAAAAAAAAAAAUCUAAGCAAGUAAGAAUGUUAAUUGUGUCAAAAAAAUUUACACUCGUCUGCCUUGAGAUUUGCCAAUAUUAAAGGAACCUCCCACUCUUGGAUUGGUAAUAACACUAGACCUAACGAAUGAAUAAUUUUGAAAUCCAAUUAGCCCUUUCGAUAUUUGAAAAGACAUUUGUACCACUACCCUUGUUUUAUACAGUAACUCAAAGUCUCAAAACUUCCCAAAAAUACACGCACAUGUACACUAUGAUAUAUCAGGCUGAUGCUUCAAUACACAGUGACACACGCUUAAUCGAGCUCCCUCUCCCUUGUUUCCGCCAUUGAAGCCUUUUAAGCGCUCUCUCUCUCAUUCGAAGAAUCGAAUAUGUUGGCUCACCGGCGAUCAAUUCUCCGUUCAAGCUCCACCGCUUAUUCUCUCUCCACCUCCACCGUCGACCCCCACCACCUCUCCACCGUCCAAUCCAAAGACCAGCUCCUCAAAUCCUACACAGUCACUCCCCCAAUCCAACCCUGGCCCCAACGCCUCUAUCCCAAACGCCUCGUCUCCAUCAUCACCCGCCAGCAAAACCUCGACCUCGCCCUCCAAAUCUUCGACCACGCCGGAAAAUAUCACCCCCGCUUUCAGCACAAUUACGACACCUACAACGCCAUCAUCCACAAGCUCGCUCGCGCUCGCGCCUUCGAACCCAUGGAAACCCUAAUCGCCCAGCUCCACAGAUCCAACAUCAAAUGCGGCGAGAACCUGUUCAUCGGCGUCAUCCGAAACUACGGCAUCGCCAGUCGCCCCAAGCAAGCACUCCGUGCGUUCUUGCGCAUCAAAGACUUCGUCGGCGUCCAACGAUCCGUAAGGUCAUUCAACACUCUCUUGAACGCUUUAAUUCAAAACAAACGAUACCAUUUGGUGCACACUUUGUUCAAGAAUUGCCGCGAAAAGCUUGAUAUUGUACCCAAUGUGUUUACAGCUAACAUUCUUAUCAAGGCUUUGUGUAAAAGCAACGAUAUUGAUGGGGCAUUUAGGGUUUUAGAUGAAAUGCCCUCUAUGGGAAUGAUACCUAAUGUGGUUACCUAUACCACUAUAUUAGGUGGUUAUGUUUCGCGGGGCGAUAUGCUUGGUGCCCGGAGGGUGUUUGGUGAAAUUCUUGACAGAGGGUGGAUUCCCGAUGCAACAACUUAUACGAUAUUGAUGGAUGGGUUUUGCAAACUGGGGCGGUUAAUUGAUGCCAUUAAGGUGAUGGACGAUAUGGAGGAGAACGGGGUUGAGCCGAAUGAUGUCACUUACGGAGUGAUGAUUGAAGCUUAUUGUCGAGAAAACAAGUCCGGCGAAGCACUUAACUUGCUUGAUGAUAUGCUUGAGAAGAAAUAUGUACCAAGUUCUGCACUUUGUUGUAAGGUAAUUGAUGCUUUGUGUGAACAAGGAAAGGUUGAGGAUGCUUGCGAUUUGUGGAAGAAGCUUUUGAAGAAGAAUUGUACACCUGAUAAUGCCAUAUCGAGCACUCUCAUACAUUGGCUUUGCAAGAAGGGGAAAAUAUGGGAAGCAAGGAAACUAUUUGACGAGUUUGAGAGGGGUUCAAUUCCUAGUGUGUUGACGUACAACACACUGAUUGCAGGAAUGUGCGACAGAGGGGAGUUGCAUGAAGCGGGGAGGCUAUGGGAUGACAUGGUGGAGAAGGGAUGCAUUCCUAAUGCUUUUACUUAUAACAUGUUGAUCAAGGGAUUUUGUAAAGUUGGUAAUGCAAGGGAGGGAAUCAGAAUUCUAGAGGAGAUGUUUGAUAAGGGCUGUAUUCCAAACAAAUCCACUUAUUCUAUCUUGAUUGAGGGGCUUUGUGAUUUGGGGAUAGAAGAAGUUAUUAAGGUACUCUCAAUUGCAGCUUCAAGUGCAGAAGGAAUUGAUUCUGAUUCUUGGGGUGUUUUUAUAGCCAAAGUAGUCAGCAAUCUUGAUAGUGGGGGAGUUAGUAUUGAUAGAAUAUUGUUGGAGAAUGCCACUUCGAGAUCCAUUCUUUAAGAUCCUUAAUGGUCAAACCAUAAAAUGGUCAGAUGUGGAUGUUCUGAGCUAUAGCAGAUAUUGUAAGAUUGAUAUGCCAGAAUUGCCUUUAUCUCUGCAUAAACACCAAGUCUUCAGAGGGUUUUUGAAGGGAGCUGGUCAGAGGGCAAAUGUUUGCCUCAUUUAACAUUCUACUCCCUCAAACCUCUUAUUUCUUUGAGAUGCAUUUCGUUCAAUUUAUGAAACAUAGGAGCAAAUAAAGAAUAACAGGGGAAAUGGUAGGGUUGCUGGACUGUUGUUACUGGUUGCAAACAAGGUCGUUGUUGGGCCAUGAUAUGCAAGUCAGGUAAUGAUUGAAUUGGUUAUAGCUUAGUCAUUCAGAACCUCCUUAGACAAAACAAUGGGUAUAACACAUUUUUGGUAUUUGAAGGAGAUGACUGAUCAACUCCAACAAUGGUGAUAAACAGUGAAGACACGGCUUCACAUAUAUUCAAUGGUGAAGCAUCCCCAAGCAACCAACAAGCAAAGUAUUCUCAAAAAUAACCAGCUUGGUUCAAUGUUCACUGCUGUGAUUUCUUGGGCAUAAAUAAUUCCUCAUCUGUUUUACCCUAUGUAAAAACAGAGUGAUUUGUUGUGUACCGGGAAAGAUUUGCAGGGAUGUAUGCUUCAUGUCUUAAGCACUUGCACAGGCGCUUGCAUUUGUGAUUAUCAUAUAUACCCAAUGAUUGUCCAUCACUGGUCAGCCUAUAUUAUUUACAUUGAUGUACGCUCGCUCAUCUUGGAAUGCUGCUUGUUGCAAUGACACCGCGCUUUCCAGUAGUUGCAAUUCUACAAUCAACCUUUUACACAGUGUUUAACUUGUUUGCUGGAUUUCUGGUUCCUCAACCGCUUGCAGCAAAUUCCUAAUUGGUGACUCUGGUUGUAUUAUGUAUGCUUCACAUCUUGGUCACUGAAUGGUAUGUAUGCCUAACUCCCAGAACAGUAUGGAGAUAUUGACAAGGAGAUUGUGGUGUUUGGAGAAAACCAAAACUGUUGCAGCAUUUCUAAGAGAUUACCCAUUGUUGCUGUUGUCAUUGUGUACCCCAUAAUUAUUGCUUCUGUAUUUGUAUACUGUAUAGGAAAACUAAGAAGAGAUUCUUCUAAUUCCAAAUCGCCGAUUUAGCAUUCCCAAACGCAACCAAAUCGCCGAUUCGGUACACUCCCGAGUGCAACAUAAAGUUAUUUGUUUGUAAUAUAGUGACUUGAUCAUUGCAGUAACUGGUUUACAACUUUUGAUGAUCAGAUGCUAUCUACUCCAGCAAUUGGACUGCAAAUUUGGAUGUGUCAUCUGCCCCCUUUUCAUUUUUUUUUACUAAUUGUUAUUACGAUUAUUAAUUGUUUUCUUGACAAACAAGAGUGUCGCCUACCCUCUUUAAGGGUGGGACUUGUCACCUGCACUCGUCCACAAGGUUGUAAUUAAAAGAGCAUGUGCACUCCUCUCUCCCUCUCUCUAAAGUAGUGUCAUAGAUUGCAUCAUCUCCAAAAAGACAUUUUGAUUGAUUAUUUUAGGACAUUUUGAUUGAU